AUGCUGGCUUUGGCGAGGUGGCAACCAAAGCAAAUCAAGGAUUUUCCUUCCGAGAUCACGUUUUGGAUCAGAGUUGUUGGUCUCCCGCUUGAAUUUAGGACCGUUUCAACAUUUGAGAGCAUUGGUGGUGCUUUGGGGAGAGUGGUGGAUGUAGAUGUGUUCCAUAACCGAGUUCAAGUUGUGAUGGACGCUUUCAAAGAACUAUGCUUUGAAACGACGAUAGACUUCAAAGGAGGAGAAUUCUACGAGGAGGAGGAAGUGGCGGUGUCUCUGCGCUACGAAAAGCUCUUCGGUUUUUGCAAGCUCUGUGGGAGUCUCUGUCAUAAGGAGGAGUUAUGCCCUUUUGAUGAGAAGAACACAAAGGCGAGUCCAGAAAGAAGGUGGGACAACAGAGAAGGGAAUGGGGGAUGGACUGAUGGUGCGAAACAUGAGGAGCACGCUCGUAGUUACAAGGGCAUGGUCAUUAACGGUAAUACGGGCCAACAGAACAGAGAAGGAGACAGUAGGGAGUAUUAUGGGAAGGGUAAGGGUAAAAUGGUGGAGGCAUCAGACUCUAAGUGGGUUAAGGUUCCAGAGCGAGGCAACAGGAGACCUUCUAAUCAUCAUGGAAACUACAGAGGGAAUGGGGAGGGUUCACGGGUUCAAAAUAUACGUCGUGAAGAUGUUCCAGUUGUGGACUCUGGAGCUCAAGUGGUGUCUUCCAGGACAUAUCCAACGCAACCAAGAGAGGAUCAGGGGCAGCAAGGUGCACCUCAGGUAACCCGUGAAGAGGGCAAGAUCACGCUGAACGGAGAUGCUGCUGCAACACUGCCGUCUGCAGAGUUUCAAAUGGAACUAUCUAAAACGCAGGUGGAAGGGUCGGAGGUGAUCGUGGUGGCUAUGGAGGAGGAGAGGGGUCUACUUGCAGUGCAAGGAAUGAUGGAGAAACAAGAUUAUACAUUUGAAGAUAUUGAGAUGGAACUGGAUGCUAUUAAUGCGGCUAUGAUAGAGAGUGGCGUCGACUUGGAGACAGAGGAAGAGUUUCAAACUCUAUUAGAAGAGGAGUUUGAGCAAGCUUCUGAGGCUCAGGCAGAGAACGCUCUCAUUCAGGAUGAGGAACAACCGGUGACUGGAGAGGAGAACAUCAAUAAGGAGGUGGGAACAGGGGACUUGGCGACGAGGCAGAGUCACCAUAAGAGGUUAUUCAAGCCCCACAGCAGCACUGCGGGUAGUACUAAAAUGAGAAUGGCAGCUGCGCUUGUCUCACCAAGAAGGAAAGUUGGAGCUAAGGUUGGGGCUCGUCAUGGAGACAAUACCAAACCACCGGAGAAAAAGGGACCUUCAAUUCCGAAGCCGGUUAACUUAAAAUUCUAA